CUCUGAGCGGAGUCUGCCGCCAGCCACCGUCGGUCUUUGAACAGAGAAGAGCUUGAAAAAAAACGAAGCAGUCGCCAUCAUGAGCUUCACCAAGCCGGAGGAGCAGUUGGCCUACGAGCUGAGCUGCGCCAUCUGCCUGCAGAUCUACGCCGACCCCGUGGUGCUGCCCUGCGGCCACAACUACUGCCAGGCCUGCAUCUCCCAGUCCACGGGCGACGCGGAACCGCGCUGCCCCGAGUGCCGCAUGGAGUUCGCCGGCGUCCAGGCCCUGCAGAGGAACUUCAAACUGUCCGGCAUCGUGGAGGGUUACCUGGCGGCCUCGUCCGGUCUCAGCCCUCAGUCCAGCCAGAAGGCGACGGAGGAGUCAGGCGAGCCGGAGUCUGAAGACGGGAAGGGGAAGGAGGCUCAGGGCAAGUGGGACGUGACCUGCUGUGACCUCCACGGACGUCCACUGGAGUACUUCUGCUCCAAAGACAUGACCCUGCUGUGCGGCAAGUGCUUCAUGGAGGGUCGGCACCACGGCCACGACGUUCUCACCUACGGGGUCGCCGAGGAGGAGAUGAGGCUCGCCCUGGAGGUCCGCACCAAGGUGGUUUCCAGCAGGCUGCAGAUGACCCAGUUCCUGGUCCAGAAGGCCAAGGAAGAGCGGGGCCAGUCCGAGGCCAUCGGGGACAAGCUGGUCAACAAGGCCGUCACGCUGGUGAACACCAUGGCCGGCCUGGUGGACGGGUACAGGGAGAGAUUGCACACGCUCUUGGAGGAGGAGCGAGGCCAGCGUAGGAAGAGCUGGCAGGUCGGACUGAGUGCACUGGAGGACAAAGAGCAGCUGCUGGUGGACGCCCAGCAAAGUGCAGCCCAGGCUCUCGGAGAGACGGACACGUGUGCGUUCAUACACAGGUUCAUGUCCAUAGACCAGAAGAUGCAAGAGGCGGUCACAGGCACCAUCCCCUGCAAGAUCCCCACCAAAGCUCCCCUCAACACCAAGCAGCUGCAGGCCAACCUCAGGACCGAGGGCUUCCGAGCGGAAAUGAGCCGCCUCUGCGAGUCCCUGUGCAUCCUCCUCAAUCCCCUGGAGCUCACCUUCAACUCCUGCACGGCCCACCCCAGCCUGCAGCUGAGCGCCGACCAGCGCACGGUCAAGUACAGCCCCGGCAAGCAACCCUACGGCGACCACCCGGAGCGCUUCACCAGCGCCCCGCAGGUCAUGUGCGGCCAGGGCUUCUCCGGCGGCGAGCACGUGUGGGUGGUGGAGGUGGGGCCCGACAGCAUGUGGUCGCUGGGGGUGUGCUACAAGAGCAUCCCACGCCGCGGCGACCACAGCCGCCUGGGACACAACUCGGUGUCCUGGCGGCUCCAGUGGAAAAGCGGGAAACUGACAGUGUGCAAGUCCUCGUCCAACGUGGUCCUGCGGGAGAUGGUCAAGCAGCCGGUGAAGAUCGAGGUGGCCCUGGACUAUGAGGGCGGCACCCUGAUGUUCCACAGCAUCAAAAACCACAGAGAGCACCUGCACACCUUCAAGGCCGCCUUCAAAGAGGCGGUUUAUCCUGCUUUUAGCAUCCACUCCAGCACACCCGGAUCCUGGAUUACUCUCCAUUGUGGCUUGUAAUAACACUCCCUGACAAAAAAAAGACGUCAUAUAUUCAAAACGAUGCAUCUGCAGUGAAUAUAUUAACACAUUAUUGAAGCAUGUCAACAUCUAGCCCAGUGGUUCUUAACCUUGUUGGAGGUGCCGAACCCCACCAGUUUCAUAUGCGCAUUCACCCAACCCUUCUUUGGUCCAUCCAUCCAUCCAUCUUCUUCCGCUUAUCCGAGGUCGGGUCGCGGGGGCAGCAGCCUAAGCAGGGAAGCCCAGACUUCCCUCUCCCCAGCCACUUCGUCCAGCUCUUCCUGUGGGACCCCGAGGCAUUCCCAGGCCAGCCGGGAGACAUAGUCUUCCCAACGUGUCCUGGGUCUUCCCCGCGGCCUCCUACCGGUCGGACGUGCCCUAAACACCUCCCUAGGGAGGCGUUCGGGUGGCAUCCUGACCAGAUGCCCGAACCACCUCAUCUGGCUCCUCUCCAUGUGGAGGAGCAGCGGCUUUACUCUGAGUUCCUCCCGGAUGGCAGAGCUUCUCACCCUAUCUCUAAGGGAGAGACCCGCCACCUGGCGGAGGAAACUCAUUUCAGCCGCUUGUACCCGUGAUCUUGUCCUUUCGGUCAUGACCCAAAGCUCAUGACCAUAGGUGAGGAUGGGAACGUAGAUCGACCGGUAAAUUGAGAGCUUUGCCUUCCGGCUCAGCUCCUUCUUCACCACAACGGAUCGAUACAGCGUCCGCAUUACUGAAGACGCCGCGCCGAUCCGCCUGUCGAUCUCACGAUCCACUCUUCCCCCACUCGUGAACAAGACUCCGAGGUACUUGAACUCCUCCACUUGGGGCAAGAUCUCUUCCCCAACCCGGAGACGGCACUCCACCCUUUUCCGGGCGAGAACCAUGGACUCGGACUUGGAGGUCUUUGGUGAAAAAUAAAAUGUUUUUUUUUAAUUCAAAGCAAAGUUAUAUGUUUUUGGUAACACUUUAGUAUGGGGAACAUAUUCUAAGUAACAAGACUUAAUUUAGAGUUAUUUGGUUAGGGUUAGGGUUAGGGUUAGGGUUAGAGCAGGGGUGCUCAAUACGUCGAUCGCGAUCUACCAGUCGAUCGCAAAGGUAGUAUUGGUAGAUCGCAUUGCAUUAUUUAAAAAAAAAAAAAAU